AUGAAUAAGAGCGCUAGAGGUGAACGGUUUUCACCUGUCAUCCUCUCUGGUUUCCGCUCUCAACUGUACUUCAUAGGAAGCUAUACUCGAAUACAGAGACCUCCUAUUAGAGCUUUUAGGAUUUGGGGUUCAGCAAAGAAGCUAAAAGAAAUGGAGAUCACAGAGGAGGAAACAGAAAACAAUAACUAUAGCAAUAAUAAUGCUCGAACUGCAUCAUCACCGGAUAAUAUCGAUAAAGUAGCCGAAGAACGCCAAGCAAGGGACCUCAAAGCUGGUUUGCAUCCUCUCAAGCACAAGUUUGUAUUUUUGUACACUCGCCGUACACCAGGAGUUCGAACACAGACAUCAUAUGAGGAGAAUAUAAAGAAAAUCAUGGAGUUCAGUACAGUUGAAGGCUUUUGGGUUUGCUAUUGCCACUUGGCUCGACCUUCUUCUUUGCCUAUUCCAACUGAUCUCCAUCUUUUCAAGGAGGGUAUCCGUCCUUUAUGGGAGGAUUCUGCAAACUCCAAUGGUGGCAAGUGGAUAAUACGAUUCAAAAAGGCUGUCUCAGGUCGCUUUUGGGAGGAUCUGGUGCUUGCCUUAGUGGGUGACCAACUUGGUUACAGUGAUAAUGUAUGUGGUGCAGUACUAAGCAUUCGUUUUAACGAGGAUAUACUGAGUAUUUGGAAUCGUAAUGCAUCUGACCAUCAGGCUGUGAUGGCUCUAAGAGAUUCGCUUAAAAGGCAUUUAAAGCUUCCCCACAACUAUGUCAUGGAAUACAAGCCCCAUGAUGCUUCUUUGCGCGACAACUCAUCAUAUAGAAACACUUGGUUGAGAGGUUAAAAUAUCCUGGAUUAUGAAGCUGGAUGAGCAAUCGAGGUGCAGAGGCUUCUUUCCUGACCCUUGCUUCAAUUUACAGUUCAUUCCCUGAUCAAGCAAUCCUUUCAUAUCUCAAGCUUUCAACUUAUGGGUCCGCUGAUUGACUUGAUAUCCUGUAGGAUUUAGUCAUACUGGCUGGACAAAUGUGAGUUUAAUGCAAUACCUUAUUCGGCAUUGAAAGUUACAUUUGUUCACUA